UGCUAGAUAUAUAAAUCCUCUCCCGGACGGCAGGAGCCUCCCGAGAGCGCAAUUGCGGUGAGUUUGGAGAGGUCUCCCUGCUGCGACUUGGUGCGCAAAGCCAGGCUCACAAUGCCAAAUUGGGGAGGUGGAAACAAGUGUGGAGCUUGUGGCAGAACAGUGUACCAUGCAGAAGAGGUUCAGUGUGAUGGCAGAAGCUUUCACAGAUGCUGCUUUCUUUGUAUGGUCUGCCGGAAGAACUUAGACAGCACAACAGUAGCCAUCCACGAUGAAGAGGUGUACUGCAAGUCGUGCUACGGAAAGAAGUAUGGUCCCAAAGGAUAUGGCUAUGGCCAGGGCGCAGGCACUCUCAACAUGGACAGAGGGGAAAGGCUGGGCAUCAAGCAUGACAACACACCAUCCCAUCGACCUACAACAAGUCCAAAUACUUCAAAAUUUGCCCAAAAAUUUGGAGGAGCAGAGAAGUGUUCCAGAUGUGGUGAUUCUGUAUAUGCAGCUGAGAAAGUAAUAGGAGCAGGAAAGCCUUGGCACAAAAACUGUUUUCGAUGUGCCAAAUGUGGCAAAAGCCUUGAAUCAACAACUCUGACAGAGAAGGAUGGUGAAAUUUAUUGCAAAGGUUGUUAUGCAAAAAACUUUGGCCCCAAAGGAUUUGGAUAUGGGCAGGGAGCUGGAGCUCUUGUUCAUGCUCAAUGAUUCUUCAUUUCCAUUCCACCAAGAUGGUUCUUAGUUAGUCAAUACAAGUUAAAUGCUUCUAAUUAGUAUGAAACGGAUACUAGUUUCCUAUGCUAUUGCUUUGUUUUAAAAUCCUGCCUAUUUCCCAGCUCUACACUACACUUUUACAUACAGAGGAACUGGGUUAUUGGAAAAUUAAUGUGUUGAACAUUCUAGAGAAAAAUAAUUUCUACGGUCUGAAGAACUACAACACUGUUGCUUCCCUCAAGACUCUGAAGUAUGGUAUGAAUAGUAUUUAUCUAGUGGGAGAGUUUGUUAAUCCGGUAUUGGAUUAUUGGGUAUUAUCAAUGUGGGUUUACAGCGAAAGUGUCCCUAAUAUGUUUCUAGCAACCGGUGUACAUCUUCAUCAAGUGAUGGUAUUCUACAGGGAUUUAACUUCAGUUGAAGGAGAAACGUGAUUGCUUGGCGUUAGCAACUGCCAACCCUUCACAUGUGUGCAUAACGUAAAAGAUCUUUGCCUUAAGCAGGUAUAUCUUUAAACACACUUCUGAAUGAUAUUAUGUGAAAUAGUCCUUAAAAAUUAUUAAGAAUGUAAAUACUAAUCCCAUUUAGCUCUAGUUAACUUCUAGCAGUGAGAAGCUAUGUCUAGAUAAGAUUUAGAGGCAGGCAAGCCAUAUGUUGGGAAAUAUGAUACAACUUCAUUGCAUAGGAACACAGCCAAAUGGCUGGUGUGUGUGAAUGAUUCUCUGUGGGAAAAAGUCAUGAGCAUUUUAGGGAAGCCUUUGUAAACUGUCUUUGCCAAGGACCAUUAAAAGAAAAGGCCAGGACCUGUUGCAAGCCCAGUAUUCAGAUUUCUUAAAUCUCUGCAUUAAAGACUAAAACACAAAGAUACUGGAGGUAAAUGUUCAGAUAAAAAAUUAACUCUUUUUAUUUUGCUUAUGAAUAGUAUCCGGUCACAUGCCCAAGUAGUGUUGGAAAUUCAAGAUUUUUGGCAAGGGUAUUUGUCCAGAAUGACUAUUGUGUACGAAGUGACCUACUUACCACAUCAAUGUUUAUAUAUGAAAUAAAUAGAUACCAAACUA